AUGAGUCCAACUGUUAGAUCAGAUUCUGAUAAUGACGAUAAUGAAAAUGUUCUGGUAAAUUCAACUCACAAUAGGAAACUUAAAAAAGGUGUUCAUUUCACCCAUGAUGAAGACGAUGAAGAUGGUAUCAUUAAAAAGAAAAAUAAAGAUCAAAAUACGGUUAGGGUAAACGAUUAUUCAAAACGUUCAAACUUUGAUGAACAACCAAAAAGACAAAAUGAAGCAGAUGACGAUGAUGAUAAGGUAAAGUCAUCUAACAGGUCUCAUCCUGAUCGAAAGUCUAAAAAAAAGAAGAUAUCCAAUGAUAAACUACAAGGUGUAAGUGGUGGUUAUUCUUGGGAAGAUGAACUAAAGAGAAGUUGGGAUUUGGUGACUGUAGAUGAAGAAGGUGAUAUGACCGCCUUGGUUGCAAGUCUCGUUGAAGCAAGAAAGAAAAGAGCAGCGCAAAAAGUUGUAACGCCAUAUCAGAGAGGUAUCAUUAGAUCUUUAAUCUUAGUCUUGGACUGUAGCGAAGCAAUGGCAGAAAAGGAUUUAAGACCAAAUCGAAAUGUCAUGAGUAUACAAUACGCAAUUGACUUCACUCAUGAAUUUUUUGAUCAAAAUCCAAUUUCUCAACUAGGUAUAGUUAUUAUGAAAAAUGGUCUGGCUCAAUUACUAACUCCAGUAAGUGGUAAUCCACAAGAACAUAUUGAUGCUUUGAAAUCAAUAAGAAGACAAGAACCUAAAGGCAACCCAUCUUUACAAAAUGCAUUAGAAAUGGCAAGAGGGUUGUUAUUACCAGUCCCUGCACAUUGUACACGGGAAGUUUUGAUCGUAUUUGGAGGUUUAUCUAGUACCGAUCCUGGUGAUAUUCAUCAAACUAUUCAAUCUUUGGUGGAGGAAAAGAUUCGUGUGAAAGUUAUUGGGUUAUCUGCACAAGUAGCUAUAUGUCAAGAGUUAUGUAAAGCUACCAAUUAUAAUGACGAUUCUUUUUACAGAAUUAUUUUAGACGAAACUCAUUUUAAAGAACUAUUUGAUGAAGCCGUUACACCACUACCGGUAAAUAAAAUUAAUAAAGGUUUUACUUUGGUUAAAAUGGGUUUUCCUACAAGAGUUUUUGAAGAUUCUCCAUCUUUCUGUGCAUGCCAUUCAAAACUAGUUUAUGGUGGUUAUUUUUGUCCAAAUUGUCAAAAUAAAGUUUGUUCAUUACCAAUAGUAUGUCCAUGUUGUGACCUGAUGUUGAUCUUAUCAACCCAUUUAGCACGUUCAUAUCAUCAUCUAAUGCCAUUAAAGACAUUCUCUGAAGUUCCUCAUACAGAAAAUUUUCCAACAGAUAAUUGCUUUAGUUGUCAAAUUCGUUUUCCUGUUCUAAGAAAUCAAAAAACUGGUGAAUUAUUGACAAGUUCACGUUAUAGAUGUACUGAUUGUAAACAGGAUUUUUGCAUUGACUGUGAUGUAUUCAUUCAUGAAGUUUUACAUAAUUGCCCUGGAUGUGAAGCCAAGGCUAUAGUUUGA